CUGGACCCUGGUCACUAUUUGCCGCAUACAAGUGUAUACUGUACAAGCAACGCGGCGGUCCCCGUCCUAGCACACACCGCCCUAGCACACUCUCCCGACCCAUCAACGCGUCACAAGGCGUCUCCGCCUCUUUAUCUCAAAGAUAAAGACAAAGCUCCUCAAGCUCCUGCCACUCAGGCUCCCUCCAAGGCGGUCAAUGCCUGGUUUAGAAAUAAACCCGCCGCACCAAUCACUACCACGUCGCCGGCCGCGCCCGCGCCUUCAACUGAGCGAAACAGCGGAGUCUCCAACCCCCUGUCUUGUAUCACCAAGUAUUUUGAGGCGUUCGAUCCGCCCGAACUACUCAUCUUAGCGAAUAAGCUCAAGGCUUGUCAAAGCGACGACAACGGCCGUUUAAAUGCGAUGGUUGGGCACGCAGUUAUGAUCAACGACAUUUACAACCUCACCAAGUCAUCUUAA